UUCAGAUUGUCGGCAAAGGUUUUUGAAAUUUUAUCUGUUCUGAAAGCUCAUAUUUUUCACGUUUAAUGUCAAGAUGACGUCAUUACUGUACCACGUGAGCAAUGUUUUGCUUCUUCUAACGAUCUCAACACUUUCUGAAUCUUUCCGAGUCCGACGUUCUGGUGUUGCCGGCUAUGAUGACCCGUAUGGUUUAACUAAUGCCUUUAGUGGAAUGGACAGACCUAGACGGGGAGAUUAUAGAACUUUGUUACGGAAACGAGUUUUAGAAAAUGACAAUUCUUACUUUAAUCCAAAUGCAGGCUCAAAUUUAGACAUAAACCCAAUGGAAUAUCUCCGAGCAUCACGCUUCAGUGAUCUAGAUAGAUACCUACCAGAAUAUGCAUAUCAAAGCGCAGACUCCCCGUAUGAAUCACUAGAGCGGUAUCCCCCUCCAAUGACUUAUGGAGACUUUGAACGCGGUUACGGACCAAAGAAACGAACGGCGUAUAAACCACACAGAGUGGUUCCACCAAUCGACGAACUUCGGUCAAUCUUCGGUGAAGCAGAUGUCCCAAUGAAACGAUUAGCACCCGUGAAAAGACGAGAACCAGAAAAGGAAUUAGAUGAGAGCAUUGAAAUGGAAGAGAGUGAUAAAGAGAAAAAUGAAGUUGAAAUAGAUAAAACAGAAACAGCAAAUGCAUGGGGGAAACUAAUCAGUGCUGCGGAGAAACUUUCAACAAACGCUGUAAAUACUGAAACAAAUCAAGAAACAUCUAAACAAGAGGAUAAUGACGAUGUUACAGAUAAAGAUUUGGAGGAUGCAUUGAGUGACAAUGAUGUCCUCGGUGACAACUUUGAAAGUGCCGAUGAUGAAAAUAAUGAAGAAUUUGAAUCUCCUGUGGAAAAUGAGGUAGAAGACAAACAGGUACAGAGUAAAUCAAAACGUGCAUCCAGUGUCGGUGACUCUUCUGAUUAUGUUUUAGGUCUACUUAAAGAAAUAUCCGAUUUAAAACAAAGACUUUAUGCAGGAGAAAUGCUCCGUAAAUUGCAAGAUCGAGAAAAUGAUUAUUUGGCCAACGCUUUGAAAUAUGCCACAAUGGAUCAGAUACAGGAGAGUGAUCAGUUUAUAAUGAAUGAAUACAAUGACAUAGCCAAAGCAACAGAAACAGAAGAAUUGAUUCAACAGCUGUCUGGUGGCAUUGAAGACCUAGAUACUGAAGACGAAGAAGAAACUACAGACACUGACUUUGAGGACCUGGAGGAUCUAAUAGAACCAGAAGUCAAACGAUCUGAUGAAGAUUCGUAUGGAGAAGAACAAUGGUUAGACACACCAGUGGAAGAGGAUGUUGGAUUAGGAGCUGUGCUUGAAGAUGAUAAUGAUGACGAGCUGGAUGGCGAUGACUUUCUGGGAUCAGAAAGACCGAUAAAUAUUCCGUAUCCAGAUGACGAUACGGAAGAAGAGGACGAGGAAGAUGCCAUAGACACAGCUGUAGCGGAAAUAGCUAAUGAACGAAACGAAGAGGAAAAUAUCAAAGGCCAGGAAUUUCUUCUAGCCAAACUGGUGAACAAUCUGUCACCGGAAACCUUACAAAGCGUCAUUGCAGACCUUAAAGAACGCGAAGCAGAAGCACUAGGAAACGGUGUUUGCUCUCCACUCCUGGAAUUGUCUCAGAACUGUGCCUUUGCUGACGCUAAAGGGAUACCCAUAGACGAUGAAGCCAGAAGCUUGUGUGUACGUCAUCAAGUGUGUUACACCUGUGGAUCUGCGCUUGGGCUAUCGGCAAGAAGAUGCGACGAGGGAUAUAAGGGCACUGUCAUUGCAGAGUGCGAAAGUGAUGUCAAGUGUGUACGUGCUGCCGCGUACUUCCUUCAGCUCAUGAGUUCACGGUAUCAUAAAUACGAGGAAUUCAGUCCCCGACAAUGCAGAAAUCCGUGCGUAGCAGACUUCAUCUAUGGCGUGUAACAGACAUGACAAUUGUGUGAUCUGGUCUUUUAAAGAUCGUGUAUAUGAACAAUAUCUAACAAUAUCAUUUUUUUUCAACCUAUAUCACUGUUACAAAGAUAUGGUAUGCUGGGGAAGAUUUACAUUUUAUUUCAAAAUCAUCAUUUCAUUAUGUUAGAGAGAAUCUUACAAACUAUGGCUUGCAUUAAUCAUUAAGGCAUAUGAUGGUAAUAUAUGUGAAGAAAUUUAUUCCUAAAUUGAUACUUUAUGAUUGAUCUCUCGAAAUAUAGCUUAUCUCAAGCAUAUAUUUAGUUUAUGACAGCGUAAGGAGAAGUUCAUGAUAUAGAUAUAUUUCCUCAGAUAUAACAUCUUUUUUCUUUUCUUUUUCUUUAUUUAUUAUGAGCACACAGUUAUAACUCCAAAACAGUGGUUACAGUUCUGUGGGAGUCAAUUCUAUGUAAUCUGUUUUUAUUUAUAUAUUUAAUGCAUUUCAUCAUUACAUCAUUGUUUUAUUCUACAUUCUAUAGUUCUGUUGAUGUCUAUCGCUGGUAACUUAAUCUGGAAAAAAAAUGUUUCAUUAAAAAAACUGAACCGAUGAUGAUUAAAUGAAUACUUUUUAUAGUCUUAGGAUAUAUACACCAGUUAUGUUCGAUUUUUUAGAUAUGUUGGCAUAAACCGGUGUGAAACUAUUCCUAUAUAAUAAUUGAUUUUUGAAAUUAAAACUUAAUUUUAAUAAGCUUAAUGGCACGGAUCUAAAAUGUGUUUGUUUGUCUAAUAUGAAUAAUUACUUUAAUAUACAUAAAAUGCUUUAGUUCUAAGAUUUGAGAAUUUUCUUACGUAGGCAGUUAUUGUGAAUAUAAACUGCGUUUAUACUCAACAUUUUUCAGUGCUGUAUCUUUUGACGGAAAGAAUAUGAAAUGUUUCUAACAGAAAUUUAAUAAUCGUUUUUAUCUAAAAUAUUCAAGUUUCACAAAGUAGACGGAAGAAUAGCAAAACAUUCUAUUUUCACUUUUACUUUUCACUUUUUGUCUCUGAAGACUGAACAAUCUUUAAUGUUUUAUCAUGGGCAAUAAUUCUUUUAUAUCAUAUAUCAUAUAUCACGGUGAGAACAACAUAAACGAAUAGGACACACUAAAUAACAAUGGGUUAAUUGUGAGAAUUCCGAGAUAUAAUGAUGAUUAGUACGAAGAAACACCUGAAAUAUAUCUUAUAUUGGCUAAUAAAACAUAUGAAUUAUUUUUACCUGAAAGAAUGCUUGCACCAAGCUUCGGUACAUUCCUGUUAAUUGUGAAAACAAAUUGGCUGCUUCACAUCUACGUAUUACUUAUAGGCAGAGAGAACUAUCAGUGUUAUUAUAACUUCAUGUGUUUUUAUUAGUUCUGGUUUUUGGUAUCGCGAAGUCCAUUCAAUGUUACAUGUACUUGAUAAUAGAGUAUCACUACACCAGUGCUAGGGGAUGCUAAGGGUGUUGCACAUCAUAUUACCUCUCAAGAAACUCGAUCAAAAAAAGCUGGGUAUUAUUUUAUUCUAAGGGUCGUUUUACAGAAUUGAUUUCUCUGUGAUUUCAUAACUCACAAUUAUUUAUGUAGACAAGUGGUUUCCUUAAUAAUUUAUAUAUUUACAGUACGAAAAUCGUAAAAUUGUACCUGGGUUUUUAUUUUGAAUAAGUUAACAAACCAUAUAUUUGUUGCUUUUUGAAAUUUCUCUGCAGGACUGAAUAACUUUAACUAUGAUUUUACUUUCUUAUCUUAAUGAACGAUUUUUAAUCAUGUUUCGCUUUUCUUAAAAUACAGAAAUUGUUUACUUAUUUUUAUAAUCGAUGUGUCGCCUGAAAUGCUUGUAAGUGUGGCCAUCAAAUUCUACAAUUGUUUUAUAUCAUAUAUCAUCAAUAUUCAUAUGUUUUAGAGUUUCAGACACUAUUGUAUGAGUGAAAUACACGACAGCUUCUAUAUUUUUCCGUUCAAUUUGUUCAAAUGUCAGCUUAUGAAAUUUAAGACUACCACAUUGUCAUAUUGUUAUAUUAUAUUUUUAUCUUUGAUUGAACACUCCCAUCUUUCUUUCUGUGAUGUAAUUUCCUAUUUUAAGUUUAUAAAGAAUAUACAAAUGAUGACAGGAAAAUUGAGUUAGUUAACUGUUUAGAAAAGUACUAGAUCGAGUGCCAUUUGAAAGUUUUGGCAGCGAUAUUUUACUUUCUUGCUAGUUAAUUAAAUCAUUAAAAGCUUGUAUAGAAAGAGUGUCAGAAAAUAUAAAAACGCAGUGAUGCAGUUAAUUUUAUCAUUAAAAGCAAAUAUCGAAAAGGUGUCAGAAAAUAUAAAAACGCAGUUAUGCUGUUAAUUUUAUCACUAAAAGCAAAUAUAGAAAAGGUGUUAGAAAAUAUAAAAACGCAGUGAUCCUGUUAAUUUUUUCACUAAAAGCAAAUAUAGAAAUGGUGUCAGAAAAUACAAAAACGCAGUGAUGCAGUUAAUUUUAUCAUUAAAGCGCUGAUCUUAGCACGAUCACUGAAGCAGCAUACCAGACUUUACAAGACUAUUGUAUCAUGAUAAUUGAGAAUACAAGUUUGCUGUUGUUUAUGUAUGUGUUUAAUUUCUUAUCUCUUUUGUGAGCUUGUGCGACUGUAAUAUUGCUACAAUUAUUGUACCCUCAAUAAAUUCUUAGAUUAUACUUUGAAUGAAAGUAUUCUGUUUGAACGAACGAAACCCACCGAGUUUUUCAGCUACAGUACAUAUAUAUUUAUGCGUAUGUGAGUGUAUAUUUUUGUAAUAUAUUGAUAUUGUAUACAAUGUGAGCAUAGGAAAUUCAGGACUCAUCUGAAGAUAGAAAAAAUAUUGACAAAGUAUCACAUUUUUCUAAUUCGACACAGCAAUAUAUACAUGAUUUUAAGAGCAUAUAUAUACAAAAAUGUAGCUACUGGUAACAAACUCUCUCUUACCGAAACUGGAGUGAGUUUAUCGUUCUCCAUUCCACAACUUUUCCACUUUUUCAAAAAUAGCUUUUUGUUUGAAAAGACAUUAAAAUAUGUAUGCAAAUUAACUGUAAGAGAGUUUUUAAAAAAAAUUCUUGCCAUUGAAAAAUUAGCCGUAUGUUAAAAAACAUGGAAAAUAAAUAACAGGACAAACUUUUCAUUCUAUAGCUGUCGCUGUAUAUACUAAUUAUGGUUAUCGAGUUUCCACAAAACAUGAUAAUUUCGGGAUCGGACAACCGAACCUACAACCAGUAAACAUAGCAUGCAACUCUAAACGAAUGGUUUUUAAAAUCAAUCUCUUCCCGUUUUACAUUCUUGUCACGUUACUGUUUCUACUGGACCAUUCCCUUUGAUUGUUAACUGAAGUCACUGUGAUGCAUUUCCAUCAUAAUAGCAUUGUAACUGCUUUAAGGCACUGACAGUUUUAUAAGUCUUUCCUGUACAAAUUUCGUGUUUUGAUGUUGUUAAAUACAUAACUAUUAUGUAACGAAUUAGUUCUGUUGUAUGGUAUUUUAUGCUAGAGGCCGGAUUUGAUGUGCAAUACCUAACACAUUUGUGGCUUCAGAAGUUUUGUGCUAUGGGAGUAUCAAUGAAAGUGAAGCAAGAAUUACUGAUUGUGAUAUAUGUGUGUGUGUGUGUGUGUAUGUAUCGAUACGUAUGUUUGAUGCUUUAUUCUGAUUUAAUAUAAUAUUUCAGCACCACAAGAAAAAUACAUGUUUUACAAUAAUCAAUUGACAUUAGUUCUUAAUCAUGUUUGUACAAUCUUUUGGAUAAAUAAUGUAUGCUUAUUUGAAAUAUUUGUUGUUUUUGUUAAGCAAGAUUAGUUAACAAAGAAAAACAAAUUUGCUAAGUAUUUUCUGACACCCUUUCUAAUAUAUUUUUUGACUGAAUGACUUAAGGACGAUGUAUUCCUUGCUCUAAAAUCUUUGUUUCAGUAUUCUUUAUCUUUUUCUGUCUCUUUGUCAUCAGAGGUUAAUAAAUUCAGUUUUACAAAAAAAAA